UAAUAAUGGAAUAAAUUAUCUACCCCUACCCUCCACCACCCUGCUCUUCUAAUUUCAACGCGUAUCCUCCACAUUUCUUUUACCAUUUCCGGAAAAUUCUCCGUUGUCGAUCAGUUUCUCCCGCACCAAACUUGAAAAAUUUCAAAAGAAUCUGAUCAAAUUAAAUGAAGAUCCAGUGUGAUGUAUGUGACAAAGAUGAAGCAUCAGUAUUCUGUGUGGCGGAUGAAGCCGCCCUCUGCGCCGUCUGUGACCACCGUGUCCACCAUGCCAACAAACUAGCCGGAAAACACCACCGCUUCUCCCUCCUCCAACCUUCACCUAAGCAAUUUCCAGUCUGUGAUAUAUGUCAGGAGAAGAGGGCCUUCUUGUUCUGUCAACAAGAUAGAGUAAUUCUAUGCAGAGAGUGUGAUAUUCCAAUACACAAAGCAAAUGAACACACUCAAAAGCAUAAUAGAUUUCUUCUCACUGGUGUAAAGCUUUCUGCAACUUCUGCCCUUUAUUCUUCAUCUUCAUCUUCAUCUUCAACAUCAACGGAAUCCCCUUCAAAUGUUUCAGAUUCUGUUCCCAAUAUUCAGUCCCAGACUUCAUUACAUAAGCCUGUUUCUGUUUCUGAAACCCCCACCGAUCCACCUCCUUUCACCGCAAACACUACUUCAGUGAUGGCGCCGCCGCCGACCAAUGAUAAAAGUGGUGGAAAUAUUCAACUGAUAAAUGGAGGAAAUGGUUCUACAAGUAGCAUAUCAGAAUAUUUAAUAGAUACACUUCCAGGGUGGCAUGUUGAAGACUUACUUGAUUCUUCUUCUUCUGGUUUCUUUAAGACUACAGAAAAUGAUGUCUUGUCUUUCUUGAAUGCUGAUCUUGAGAGCAAUCUGAGCUCUUUUUCCCCAGAAAACAUGGGAUUUUGGGUCCCUCAAGCCCCUCCUUCUUUAUACUAUCCAACACAAAUUCAAUCAUAUCCAACUUUAAACAUGUCAUUUGGAGCACCAGAUGGAUCAACGGAGUACAAAGAAAUAUCAAACGUCAAAUCCAGCAGAAAAUGGAGUAGUGAAGACAAUUCAUUUGCUGUUCCACAGAUCAAUCCACCUACCACUGCCUCAAAGAGAUCAAGAACUUUUUGGUAGUCCCAAUAAAAAUGCUAUCUUUUUUCAGGAUCCACAAUUUACUGAUCUGGUUUCCUAUUUUUUUCAUGGUUUUAUGGGGUUUCUUUUUCCUUUUUAUUUCAUUGCUGUAAUUUGAUCCUUUUUCACCCCUUGGUGUGCUCGUAGUUAACUACAAAAUCUUGUGUCAGUCAGACUUUUACCGUCCAUGUACUUGAUGCAUGCAUAUUUUUGUUUGUAAAUAUGUAGUACUUUUGAAUCCCAUGGACGAAGCCAUCAAAUAAAGUUGGUCAUGUUUGGUA